ACGAUUCAUUACUCUAUCAUCAGCAGCAGCAACAACAACAUCAUCAGAGCCUAUCAUUACAUCAUCAUCAACAACAACAACAACAACAACAACAACAACAACAACAACAACAACAACAACAACAACAACAACAACAACAACAACAACAACAACAACAACAACAACAGCUCAAUCACAACAAUCUAUCAUCACAAUCUCAAUCUUUCUCACUCUCGCUGGAUAGUCAGGACCUCCUUGCUCACACACCUCCGACAAACAAUUAUAAUGGACACAAUGACAACAAUGCAGUUGUGAUACUCUCUUCAGACGAUGAACAAGAUGAGGGUGACGACAAGAUAUUCACACCAACACCUCCAAGAUACACACCUCCUGUCAAGCCCUCCACCGCUCGUUCUGGCAAACCAAUCGAUCUGGACAGUGUUAGCGAUGCUGUUGUCGGUAUCAAUGUAGAUGAGUUGGAGUCAACAAACGACAACAACCAUAACACAAACAACAACAGCAACAAUGAUAACAAUAAUCAAUCUACACUGGCCAAUCAACCGGUCACAUAUAUCGAUAUCACCAAGAGCGACAACAAUCAGCCCACCACUGCUAUGUUAAGAAGGAACGAGAACAAUGAAGUAAUCGUUGACUUUCAACUCACAGAUAAUGACAAGGUCAGCACUGCCUAUCCUGUACCAAACAUUCCCGACACCAGUCUUGUCGUCGAUCUCUUCUACUUGGUCAGAGGUCGCUGUGAUCCCGACAACAUAUGGUCAUUCACAAUCGAACAGUACAACACACUGAUGGUUCACAUUCAGGCUCUCUAUAAAAAGGGUCUAACACAGAGUCUCUCAUGCAAAGUGAUGAUCAAGAGAGUACCUCGAGAGGUUAUGUCAUUCCUGGUCAAUCCUUGGUAUGCCUCUCCAUCAUUCUUGCCUCCAUCACUAAAUGUUGCAUUUGAGCCCAACCGCAUCCCCUCCAAUCUGUUGGCCAGUCUGUUACCCUUCCAAUUCAAAGGUGUUGUGUUUGGAGUACAACAUCAUGGAGUUUGUCUCAUCGCCGAUGAGAUGGGUCUGGGUAAGACCAUCCAAGCACUUGCAAUUUCAUCAUACUACUAUCAGGAGUGGCCAAUACUCAUUAUAUGCCCAUCCUCACUGAGAUAUACAUGGUCCAAAGAGUUGGAGAAAUGGUUCCCAAAUCUAAUUGGCAACAUCAAUGUUAUCAUGACUGGUGAUUCAAAAGCAAAUGGCUUUGUCAACAUUGUCUCAUAUGAUCUGGUCAGCAAACUGUACGACAAUGAACUGUCCAAGCGAUUGUUCAAGGUGAUAAUCUGCGAUGAAUCACACUACCUCAAGAAUGUCAAUGCCAAGAGAACAUCAUUCGUCCUCCGACUGAUCAAGAUGGCACAGAGACGCAUAUUGCUCACUGGUACACCUGCACUCUCACGUCCAAUCGAACUAUAUCCUCAAUUGGUUGCUCUGGAAUCACCUAUAUAUGCCAACAUUAACGAGUUUGGACAACGAUUCUGCAAUGCAUUCAAAGGUCGUUAUGGUUGGGAUUAUACUGGCAACUCACAUCUUCCAGAGCUUCAUGUAUUAUUGAGAGGUAUAAUGAUAAGAAGGUUGAAGGAUAAUGUUCUCAAGGAGUUACCACCAAAGCAUAGGAUGCAGAUCACGAUCGAUGUACCACUGAACAUGAGGGGUACACUCAAAGAGGUAUUCUCAUCCAAUCACAAACGAUCAAUGAUCUCAAAUGGUAAACUUGUCGACACUGAACGCUCAAAGAUGCUGUCACUGUAUCAAGAGACGGGUAGGGCAAAGUUGCCAGGAGCACAGGACUACAUCACAAAGCUUAUCAAGGAAAAGAAGAAGUUCUUAAUCUUUGCUCAUCACUCAGAGGUCCUCGAUGGUCUUGAGAAGGCAAUUCAAGCAACAGAUGCUGGAUAUAUGAGAAUAGAUGGAUCAACUCCUCCCUCCAACAGACAAUCACAUGUUCUUCGUUUUCAAAACAGUGACAAAUGUCAAGUGGCGCUAUUGAGUAUCACUGCAGCUGGCACUGGAUUGACACUCACAGCAUCUUCAUUGGUGGUCUUUGUCGAGCUCUACUGGACACCUGGUGUGCUGAGACAGGCAGAGGACAGAGUGCAUCGAAUUGGUCAGAAGGACGAGGUCAACAUUCAUUAUCUCAUUGGAAAGAAUACCCUGGAUGACAAAAUAUGGCCAACCAUAUGUAACAAACUAGAGGUGUUGGGAGAGACCUUGGAUGGACAGGAAGAAAUAUUGCAUACCAAACAUCUUGAUCUGAGGGUUAUCGAUGUUGAUGAUGACGAGCAAUUGUUUAAUCUUAUAGGUGAUGAUCCAUCUCUGUUCCCACCUCAACCUCAACAGCAAUAUGGAAACUUUACUGAUUUGGAUGAUGAUGAAGAGGAAGCACCUACAAACGAUCUCAAAGCCAAGAGGAAGAAAGAGCCCUCCAUCACCACCUCUGAUAGACCAAAGCCUCAUCUAAACUUUGUCCAACCAACCAAUCACAACAACUUCAACAACAACAACAGUAGUACUGUAUUCCAUACCAUGCCACUAUUUGUGAAUAGGCAACCUACCACAAGUACAACCACCACUACUGCCACAGCAACAUCAGUAGCACAUACAACAACUUCACCAGGCAAGUCUAUGAACAGCCGUAUAUUUAGCAAUUCCCUGCAACCACCUCCUAUGAUCGUCAGACCUCCAACUAUCUCACCAACGAUCCAACGACAUUCCAUACCACCUCCUAACCAUUCAACAAUCUCUUCCUCGCCUCCUCCAUUCUUUAAUCUUGUAAAGGAGGACGUGGAGGAGAUCGACGACUGA